CGAUCCGUAAAAUCAGUAUACCGAGCACAAUGUCUCUUAGACGAUUUUUACUUAAAUGAAAACAAAGCGGGGCUGAGAAUAACAAAUUAUUCGAAUCUUGUGAAAGUGAAAACACGGCCCAACUUCCGGGAAUGGUGUGACUCUUUGACAGUAGGGGACACGAAACUCCUGUGGCAGAGUUACAGAAUCAAGUCUUUCUCAGUUGAAUGUGACAGAAGUAUUGGGUGACAUCACUUCACUAAUAUAUUUAUUUUCUUAAGAAUUUCCCCACAAACAGAUUUCAUUGGGAACAGACACAAUGUCGAAUAUUGAUCAGUAUUAUUAGAAACCAUAUAAUAGGGCCUAUCAGCUUCAUUGCAAGCGUAACCUGUAGUGGGCUUUUCAUAUUCCAGAAUGAAUUGAUGUGCAUAACUGAGACACGAUUCAAGAAAACUUCAAUGAUAUAUUAAGAAAUUAAAAACAACAACCUCAGAACUUUCAAAAAACAACCCGCCCCAUCCUCUCUCACUCUAAAACAAACUAUCACUUUGUUCACAAGAAAAUCUAAAUGCAAUAACAGACAUACUGGAUGAAUAAUGUAGUCUGAAAAUAGAAUUUGAUAUCUGUUCGUAUCUACCUUUGUUUUCAGCUCUUAUCCCCAUCUAAAUAUCAAAAUGUAAAGUAGAUCUACCAAAAUUAUAACCAUAUAUACACUGGAUAAAAUCAGUGAUAAAUAUUCUUGAGUCAGAUAGUCUCACCAUGCUUGACAACUAUUUGGGUGGACUGGUGUGUUAACAAUGGACUGUUAGUGUUACAUGCUGAGUUCCUGAUGAUACACAGACCUACACUAUUUGUAGCACUAAGAUUGCUUUGUGCAACUAAGCCCUGGAUUUGUCUCUAAAACUGUCAAAGUAUGCUGGUUUGUAAAACAGACAUUAUAUUAUCAUCAUUAUUAUUUACAGCUAUUCAGGUGUGAUGAUUGUGUUAUUGUCAUGAUGAUAUAAUUCUGUUGUUUCAGGUGUUCCAUGUUGCUGAUGAUGCGGAGCAGAUACAUGGUGUAGUUGCUGUCCAUGCUGUAGACCAUGUCCAACAACAUGGAGUCACUGUGGUACGACCACUACCAGGGUGCAGUAUACCCUCUGGAUCUCCACGCUCAAGCCAACUGUGCCUGGUCCAAAUCACCAAAGGGAAAAGUUCCGACACUCAUUCACUUAUGUGCUGCUUACAUCGUCAAGGAUUCCACCAUGACAUAUCAAGCGGUCGAAGUGAUGCCCCAGACAUUAUGUUUGCCUCUCAUGCAUGAAGCAUUGCUUUGCAACCGUGACAGAGCAAUUGAGGUACUUUUAUCCCACUGGCCAUUGUCAACCAUGUCACUGUCAGGACUGGCACCUCCAGUGUUCACGUCACUGUUGCCGCUGUACAACUCUGUGUACCUGGCAGACAUUGUGAGGCAAAGUCUUCGUUACACCACAACAAUGGCCCACACAUUCAUAGAAAGUCUACGCAAAAGACAACCAACUAAUCUAAGGUUCCUUGACCUGACUGGGUACCCUACAGCGGAGGUGAUUGUGUACUUUCUGGCGUCACAUGUGAUGCUGGCGUUCACAGAAUCACAGCAGAACCAGCAGAUCCGCCUGUACAAUGACACCAUCCCCAGCUAUGACCGUCCAGACCUCCCAGCCCACAUCGAUCCUGUGCAGUCUUCACUUCCAGAAAACUGUAUAAUGAUUAAACUUGAUGCCUUUGUGACGUCAGAGUCUACUCACAGUGAGCUGUGUAAGGCCCUGAAGGUGUCCAGCUUCCCCCACAGUCGAGUCCGGCUGUGCAUUGUCCGUCUCGGUGCUACGUGUCUUGGAGAAGCCAGACUCAGUAUACUCCUCAAGGUCCUCAUAGCUGAGUAUGUGCAGGGUCUGCAGCUCAAGUACAAUUCACUCACCAUUGAUGACAUUGUCAAGCUAAGUCCAACAUUCUCAAGCUUAGUCAACCUGACAGCCCUGGAUCUGUCCUGCAACUCCAUCUACUUCUACAUGAGUGAUACUGCCACUGACAGACUCUCCGAGACAUUCACACACAUGCCAAACCUGGCCAGGCUGGAUCUCAGUAAUAACAGAAUCAAAACUAAGUUGCGAAGGCUUUUGUCUAACAUUCCCAAGCCUCUCCAGUACUUACGAGUGGCAGCCUGUGGGCUGACAGUGUCUGACAUCACUUACCUCUCUGUAUCCCACCAUGCAAGGGGCCUGUGUGAACUUGACCUCAGUGAGAAUAGUCUAGGUCCCACAUGCCGCAACCUCAGCAACCUGCUUGGUUCUUUAGCAAAUACAUUGCUAGUGUUUGAAGCAGAAGACUGUGGACUAAUAGAUGAACAUUUUGAGUACUUACUACCUAGUUUGUCCUUGCUGAAGUAUGUGCUGUUUCUGAACCUGGCUGAGAACCGUUUAUCUCGAGAAGCUCUAGUUCAAGUCACACAAGCUGCAGCCCAGCUCCCGAAGUUGAAGGUGUUUCGGACUUCCUACCCAACAGACUGCUACCACCAUGACUCAGAGGAAAUCGAGGAGGAGGAGAGAAUUACAACAGUUGCAAGAUUACGAGAUAUUGUAUCCAAGAAUUCUGAAUCCCGACCACAGACGGGGAUCAUGCAGCUAGUCGUCGUUGAGCUGGAGAGGAUUUUCAUGGACGAAUCCUGAAUGAAUAGGUGAUAAUAUGUUCAACCAGAAAUGAACUCAACAAUAGCCCAGAGUCCAGAAGUUGUGUUUAGGAUUGUGGAUAAUAUGUAUUUCCCUUGAUGGAAUUACCAAAUGGGUAGCAGCCUUGAACAGUAUCUGUGUCAUUUAACCUUUUGUUGGAUUGCUCGAGUGGUAUGUUUACAUCCAGUGGACAUCUUCUCAAGUGAUCUGUGCACAUGCUUUAAGCACCAAUGGAUGUGGUCUGUGUGCAAACAUUAGGCGCCGACUUCUGAAUUGGUCCAUGUAGGUGUAGAAGACAACUUCAGAAGGGAUAAAAUCAAUAUCAGUCUAUAAAUCUUA